AUGAAAUUCCGAGCCGUAAUGGUAGACGCAGGACCUAUGCGAGAGUUCACUAAUAUAGUUUCAACAAUAUCAAGAUUGUCCAAAGAAUGUAUCCUUAGAUUAUCUUCUGACAAACUUUAUUUGAUUGUUAGUGAAGAUAACAGUGGUCCAACUCCACCGAUGUUGUGGUGUGAAAUGCCUCAAUCAACUUUUUUUUUAGAGUAUCAAAUAGUUGGAGUAGAUGAUGAAUAUAAAGACAUCUACUUGGGUAUAGUGUCAGCUAAUUUAUCUAAGUCACUAGUAACAUUAAAAACUGCUAAAUGCUUAAAGAUGAAACUAACUAAAAAGCAGUGUCCAUGUCUCACACUAGAAAUUGAAAUGCCAUCAUCUACAUCACAACAGUCUAGGCAAGUGACCCAUGAUAUUCCUGUGGUUGUGAUCCCAAGGAAAAUGUGGUCUGAGUUCCAUGAACCACGGGUGCCUCAUCCUGAUAUUUCCAUAGAGCUACCAGCAUUAAAACAACUACGUACAACCAUAGACCGCAUGAAAUGUAUGUGCCCUGAAGUUGUGAUACGAGCAUCUGCAGAAGGCAGAUUAACUUUGCAAAUAAAGACUGACUUGGCCAAAGUGUCUACGAGGUUUAAAGAUCUGAGAGUAGAGGCAUUUGAGGGUCCAAUUGAUCACUCAGAUUCUGAAACGGAAACUCAAAUAAUGGAAGAUGUAUCAAGAACAUGCUAUUGUAGGGUUGAUGCAAAAAAGUUUUCCAUGUUUCUAAGUGCAGAUCAAAUUUCACACAAUAGGACUAUUUGCUCAAUUGUGCAUAAAAAAUUAGUAAUUUUGUGUUUGCAAACAGAAGAAAAUGUGAAGUUACAGUGUUUUAUAACAGGGAUUGUGUAUUAA